AUGUUCUGUCUUCGGAGUUGGCUUCCGCUGCUCUUCAUACCGACCAACGCGUCACCCGCCUUCAUCCUCGUCUUCUUUAUCUGCACAUACUUCCUCAACCGACCAUGCAUAUACUGCUCCUUCCUGCUCGUCAUCCUCUUCCUGACGUCGUGUAACUGGUCCGACCGGUGCUUUUUCGACGUCAGCAGCAACUGGUUCCAACCAAAGGAUCUACCGAACCCAACGACACAUACUAUCUACGCCCCUACUACGAAUAAUAGCACAGCCAUGGUGGAAGGGUCAAACAGCACGGCAGCAGUAGCUCUCGACAUGUUCAACACGACGGUCGGCACGCUGGCGACGGCCGCGAUGGACAAGGCGGCCAGGACAAGGGUGGAGUGGACGGGCUUGGGACUGGAGUGGUUGAGGAGUCUGCUGGGGAGGAGGGAGUGGCGGAUCGACUGCUUGGACCUUUAUAUCAGACUAUAG